UUCAGACUACUAAGUUUUUAAAAUAUCAAUUGUCAUCAAGCAAAGUUAUUGUGCAAAAUUUAUAUAUAUUUGUGUAUAUACGAAAACUACGUACUGAGUAACUGAAUCAAUUACAAUUAUAUUAAAAUGUCAAAAAUAACUCCAAGUAUGCAGAUGCAAUUAGAUAUGCGCAAUAAUUCCACUGUUUUGGAAGAUUAUGCUAGAGAACUUUAUGCAUGGGAGAAAGAAAUGAAAGAGAAGGAUAAGUUUCUGCAAAAACCCGCAAGUAAACAGGAAGAGGAUUUACCACCACCACGGUCCAAAAGGAUUAAAACGCCUGUAGCAGAAACAACUAAGAAAAGUGCAUCUACAGACUAUAACAAGUGGGAUAAAUUUGAUGUAGAAAAAGCUUGUGAAGAAGUUGAUUAUUCAACAGAAUCAGAAUCAUCUGAUGAUGAAGAAGCAAUCAAUAAAAGCAAGGAAUUGAAAAAUGAAGGUAACACUUUUGUUAAAAUGAGUAAUUGGACUAAAGCUUUGGAAUGUUACACAAAAGCAAUACAGUUAUAUCAAGGUGAUGCAAUUUACUAUGCAAAUCGAGCUUUGUGUUAUUUAAAAUUAGAAAAAUGGGCAAAAGCUGAAAAAGAUUGUUGUAGAGCAUUGGAAAUUGAUCCAAAAUAUGUUAAAGCCUUACAAAGAAGAUCUGUUGCUCGAGCUGCUGUAGGAAAACUUAAUAUGGCAAUAAAGGAUAUGUCUGAAGUUUUAAAUUUAGAGCCUAAUAAUCAAGAAGCAAAAGAACAUUUAUUAGAAUUGAAUAAUAAGAUACGCAACAUAUCUAAGACAUUGAAGUCGGACAAUGUAAAGACCACUGAGAUUGAUAAACAGCAUGUAAAUAAUGAAACAAAAAAAGAUAACAAAAAAGUUGCAAUAGUGAAGGUUCACAAUUGGUUUACUGAAUCAGAUAAAGGAAGAGCUUUAGUGAAGCCCAUUUUUAAAGCACCUCAUGAAAGAUCUAAGAAGCCUCUAAGGAGAAUUCAUAUAGAUGAGGAAACAGAAAUAACCAAAUCUACUAAAAGGUCUAUUAAUACUUUAAAUAAUGUUUCCAAAAUACCUGAUACAAACAUAAGUGCAAACAGUUCAGUUCUUACUGAAACAUUAAAUAGUAAUCCUAUUAGCAAAUAUAAAGAACAAUUUAAAGAAUCAAUACAGGAAGAAAAACCUAAAGAAAUUGUACAACUUGUUUCAAAAGUUCCAAAAGAUGAUGUAAAGAGUGAUGCUAUAUUAAAUAUAAGACUGGAAGAGCCAAAAUCAUCUAUACAUUUUUAUAACGUUUGGAAGCAACUUAAAGGCAAUCCGGAAAAGAAAUAUGAAUUUCUUAAGAUAAUUGAUGGUAAAAAUUUCAAGAAAUUAUUUGGCAGUUCACUAGAGAGUAAUAUCUUAAGUGAAAUAUUACAAAUCCUAAAAGUACAUUUUAUUUCUAACAAUGAGUCUGUUUUGGGUUAUCUUGAAGGAUUAAAAAAUGUUGAAAGAUUUAACGCUUUGAAAAUGUUUAUGAGUAGUGAAGAUAAAGAUGCUAUAAAGAGUUUGCUUCUACAUUCUGAAAAAGUUGGAGAAAUUACCCAAAAAGAGCUUGAAAAUAUGCUGACAACUUACGAAAUCAAAUAAUAAAUAUAGCCA